CUUAGUAAGUGCCGGUGACAGCAGGAGGACAGAGAGGGGAAGAGAGAGCAAAGGCAUCAAAGCGUCCACCACUCUGCACUAAAAGGCUACAGAACUUGUUUGCCUGUCUCUCAAAGACUGUGAGGUUUGAUUCCACCAGACUCAGUCGACCACCCUUUUCCUCUACUGCCUGCUUUCCUACUCCUUGCAGCCAUGGCACCCACUCUGGCCACAGCGUUUGCCCGUCGUUGGUGGAUGGCAGUAACAGCCAUCAUUGAAAAUCUGCUGUUCUCUGCCGUGCUGCUGGGCUGGGGUUCCUUACUCAUCAUGCUGAAGUCUGAGGGCUUUUAUUCAUACCUCUGCACAGAUCUAGGAAACAGCUCAAUGGCAAACUUCUCCUUACCAGCUGUGCCUUCAUCGCUGGCAAAUGAUCCAGAUUAUGAAUAUGACGAGUUCCAGCCCUCCAGUCGCGAUGAUGGGGUUGAAGUGGUCCCUCUAAAGCAUCCAGAGGACCACCUGAGGAUGAACGGCUGGCUCAUCUGUAAAGAACAGGAUGAGAUGUUGAAUCUGGCCUUCACUGUGGGCUCUUUUCUCCUCAGCGCCAUCACACUCCCACUCGGGAUCGUCAUGGACAAAUACGGACCACGCAAACUCCGCCUGCUCGGAAGUGCCUGUUUUGCCCUCUCGUGCCUUAUGAUUGCUUAUGGAGCCAGCAACCCAAAUGAACUCUCUGUCCUGAUCUUCAUUGCUCUGACCUUUAAUGGCUUUGGAGGAAUGUGUAUGACCUUCACUUCACUUACGUUGCCCAAUAUGUUUGGUGACCUGCGAGCGACCUUUAUCGCACUCAUGAUCGGCUCAUACGCUUCCUCUGCCGUCACCUUUCCAGGGGUUAAGGUGAUCUAUGAUCUGGGUAUAACCUUCAUCAUGAUUCUGGUGGUCUGGGCUGGUUGUGCAGGCCUCGUCUUCAUCAACUGCUUCUUCAACUGGCCCCUGGAGCCUUUCCCUGGACCCGAGGACAUGGACUACACCGUCAAGAUCAAGUUCAGCUGGCUGGGAUUUGACCAUAAGAUUACAGGAAAGCAGUUUUAUAAGCAGGUGACGACAGUGGGCAAGCGUCUUAGCGUGGAUAACACUCAGAAACAAAAAGAGCUUGCCAAAGAAGGUCACAAACUCUGCUUGUCCACUAUGGACCUGGAACUGCAGUGUGAGCCCAAGGAGGAAACUCAGUCGUUCAUGAAGAGUAUUUUCAGUCCUCUCUUCAUGUUGAGUCUGGUGACCAUGUGUGUAACUCAGCUGCGUCUCAUCUUCUACAUGGGGGCCAUGAAUAACAUCUUGGAGUCGCUCAGCGGAGGAGAUCUGAACACAGUGAGUCUCUACACCUCCAUUUUCGGCGUGAUGCAACUCUUGUGCUUGAUGACGACGCCGGUCAUCGGUCAGAUCAUGGACUGGAAGCUGAAAGAAUGCGAUGAUGGAGAAACCAAUGAAAAACAGCCCAACAAGGAUGAGCCCCAGCCAAAACGCAGAGACAGACAGAUUCAGAAAGUGACCAACGCCACACGAGCCUUCAUCUUCACCAACAUCCUCCUCGUCGGCUUCGGCAUCACAUGCUUGAUUCCAAACCUCCCGCUUCAGAUGCUCUCGUUUGUCCUUCACACCAUUGUCAGAGGCUUCAUCCACUCUGCCAUCGGUGGACUUUACGCUGCUGUGUACCCAUCAUCUCAGUUCGGCAGUCUGACUGGAAUGCAGUCUCUGGUUAGCGCUUUAUUCGCUCUGCUGCAACAGCCUUUGUUCAUGGCCAUGAUGGGACCCCUGAAAGGAGACCCACUCUGGGUGAACGUUGGUCUGCUGGUUGUCAGUAUGCUGGGAUUUCUGUUGCCGCUCUACUUGCUCUACUUCAGGAAAACUCUGCACAAAAAGAGGAAGGAGAAAGAAAAUAAUGCUAAAAUCUACCUGAAAAUCAACGGCAGUGACGUUCCGGAGGCGUUUGUGUAAAGAAAGCAGAUAAAGGGAAAAACUAAGGCGUGAGAGUAUCUCAUAUACAUACAGCUGCACAAAAAA